CUGUCAUGGCAUCCGGAUACAUUGUAAGUCGUGGUGUGCUAACGUUUGGAAUUCACUAUCAUGUUUGUAGAAAUGUACUCCUUACACAGACCCGAGAGAAGAAGCGAUGGAUAAAAGCAUACACUCUUGAUGGAAAGAAAGUUGAAGAUAGAAGGGCUUCCACCACCUAAGCCACGUGCUCAAAAACCUAACUGGGACUACCAUGCAGAAGUCCAGGCAUUCAGCAGCCGCCUUAAAGAAAACUUCUCCCCAGAGCUCCUGAAGACAGCCUUCGUGAACCCCUGUUACAUUCAGUCAGAGAAAGAGAGGAGGCAGAAACUCGGCGUGGACUCUGAAACGGCCGCUCUGGUCCUGGGGGACAACAUUCAGCUGAACACACAGGGCUUGGAGUUCACCAAAAGCUUCCUGUCUGACUGGUGCAGGGCCAGCUUCCCUAGCCUGCCCAGCAAAGGAGUGGUUGCCAUUGUCAGCCACCUGACCAGUCAUCCAGUAGUUUGCCAUGUGACGCGGAACCUCGCCAUCGAGGACCUAACUAUGUGCGCUCAAUUCCCUGUCUCUGAAGUAUUGCACAGUACGUUCCUCGCUGUGAUCGGAGCACUCCAGGAGAGCAGUGGAGCUGAGAGAGCAGGCCUUUUCCUUCGGGAUUUCCUGGUCACCCAGUUGGUAGGUAAAGACCUAUUUGAAAUGUGGUUGGUGGUGAACCCCAUGGGGCUGCUGGUGGAGGAGCUGUCCAAGAGGAACGUGGAGCUCCCAGAGCCUCGUCUCACCAGGUCGGCCGGUGCCGGCACCGUGCUCCCACUCUACUUUGUAGGGCUGUACAGUGAUAAGAAGCUUUUUGCAGAGGCUCCAGGGGAGACAGUUCUGGCUGCAGAGGAGGAGGCGGCACGCGUGGCUCUGAGGAAAAUCUAUGGCUGCACUGAGAACCGGAGACCCUCUAACUUCUCUGCAGCAGAGGAGCAGCUCAGACUCCUACCCUCAAUCCAUCAGCAGCAGCUAAAGGACAUGUCACCCCAAGCACUAUAAUGUCUUCCAUAAGUUGAUGACAGCUCAUGACAUGCCAGAGGGUCAAAGUCAAGCGGUUCCCUUAUCCUAUCAGGACCAACCUCUCACAGACUCAUAAACCCAGACCUAGGGAUACCCUCCAAACUAUGUGGUCUGCUCAGCCCUUUAAAUUAGAGGACUGUCCUUUGGCAAAAUAAUGUUUUUUUUGUGUAAUACAUUAUUGAUGUAAAAGCAAAAUGUAUGUGUAUCCCUGAGCUUGUCUCUUGAAAGAAUGUUUAUUAUACCAUCUUUGGUUUAA